AUGAGGCAACAAAAUAAAUAUUUAUGCAUUUUGAAAUGGGCAUUUUUGUCCAUUUUAAUCGUGAUUGGGCUUCCGAUAACCGAAGCUAACUCCGAACCUAAGCACGAGCCGUCCCCGCAUCCAUUGCCGGAUAACUACGCAGCCGCCCUCCACAAGGCUCUUCUCUUCUUCGAUGCUCAAAAGUCCGGAAAAUUGGGCAAGAAUAACCGUAUCCCAUGGAGAGGGGAUUCCGGGUUACAAGACGGGUCGGGUUUAACAGACGUUAACGGCGGGUUGGUGGGAGGAUACUAUGAUGCCGGAGAUAAUGCCAAAUUUCAUUUUCCCAUGGCAUAUUCCGUCACGAUGUUAAGUUGGAGCGUUAUUGAAUAUAAGCACAAAUAUCGUGCAAAUGGAGAAUAUAAUCACGUUAGAGACCUCAUCAAAUGGGGCGCUGACUAUUUGCUUCUAACUUUCAACUCCUCCUCCCCUAAAAUAAACCAAAUUUAUUCUCAGGUUGGCGGAUCCCGACCCGGCUCCACCACCCCUGAUGACCACUUCUGCUGGCAACGUCCUGAAGACAUGGACUACCCUCGCCCGGUCCAAACCACGACCUUCGGGCCUGACCUUGCGGGCGAGAUGGCGGCCGCCCUAGCCGCCACCUCCAUUGUUUUCCGCGACAACCACGCCUACUCCAAGAAGCUGAUCAAGGGGGCCAAGAACAUCUUCGCCUUUGCCCGCGACCCGGGCCGGAGGGCCCGCUACUCGAGAGGUAACCCUUUCAUCGAGCCAUACUACAACUCAACGGGAUACUACGAUGAAUACAUUUGGGGCGCUGCGUGGCUUUUCUAUGCCACCGGCAACUCUUCGUACUUGUCCCUGGCUACUAAUCCCGGAAUGGCGAAGAAUUCCCGGGCCUUUAACAUGACUUCUGAUUUGAGAGUUUUUAGCUGGGAUAAUAAGCUGCCAGGGGCAAUGCUACUCCUGACAAGAGUCGGGCUUUUCUUGAAACCGGGAUAUCCGUACGAGGCUAUGUUGAAUAUGCAUCAUAAUAUUACCAGGCUUACUAUGUGCUCUUACCUUCGUAGCAACAAAGUUUUCAAUUGGACUCGAGGAGGAAUGGUUGAAUUGAACCGUGGGAGGCCACAAAAUUUGCAAUAUGUAGCAAAUGCAGCAUUUUUGGCAUCUGUUUAUGCUGAUUACCUCAACGCUACUGGAAUUCCUGGCUGGUUUUGUGGCUCAACCUUUUUGCCACUAAGUGUUCUCAAAGAUUUCGCAACUUUACAAAUAAAUUAUAUACUAGGCGCCAACCCUUUAAAAACGAGCUACGUUGUGGGAUAUGGCACCAAAUUUCCGAGGCACGUCCACCACCGUGGCGCCUCCAUCCCUAGAGACAAAACCCGCUACUCUUGCCGCGGCGGAUGGCGUUGGAGAGACGCCAGCACACCCAAUCCCAACAUCGUCACCGGUGCCAUGGUUGCUGGCCCUUAUCCGGCAGACGAAUUCAAAGACGUCCGCACUAACCAGACCUACACCGAGCCCACACUUGCCGGAAAUGCUGGGCUUGUGGCCGCGCUUGUCUCCCUCACCACCGGUGGCGGCGUUGGAGUCGACAAAAACUCUAUUUUCGCAGGUGUGCCGCUGCUCUACCCUACUAGCCCCCCUCCGCCGCCGUAG